CUCCUGUAGGGAGACAACAGAGCCACUCACUUAGGACAAGACUAAUAGCAACUAGUUAGGGACCGGUUUCAGAGAAGAUUUCCCCUGGGAAAAGGGAAAACUGGAUAUAGAGGGCAGACAAACCGUCAAAUAAAAUGUUUACAAAUGAGGUCGCGAUCUUAAACAGCCGUGUUCCACACGACAUUGCCGGGCGCUAAAUUACUGCUGAAGGAGUCGGUCAAGUGCGGUGAACUUUGGGCUUAUUAUUUGGUUCUUGUUUUAUAGUUUGCAACUUUCUCAGGGUACCUUCAUUUGGCAUUAUCACGAGAGGAUGUUAUUUGCCCGGUCGGUGGUGAACAUGUUGGCAGCAACUAAUGUACUGAAGCAUUUCUGCGGGAUCCCCGCUCUGCUGAUAGUUACUUAGACAUUGCUGGAGAGGCGGCGGCGCUUCGGUAAAGUGCACUUUCAAGGUUAGCUACUAUUUAGGCAACGACUUUGAUGUUAAGUAAACGAGACGCGCGCUCUCGUGGGUAACUCCCGCUAGAGAUAACGAGGCUGAGUAACUGUCAACGGCGUAAAACUGUAAAACAUCAAGGAGAAAGCUCACGGGCUCGCUUAUGAGCGAAGACAACUCACCGACAUUCAUGGAGAGUUAGACUGUAACGCUGUUGUAGCGUUCUUGCUGGGGAAUAGUUUACUGCAGUCUUAGUUUUACCGCAUAAACUAGCAAUACUGCGAGUCACAGACAUCGCAUUACACCGUCGAGACUGAACCACGACGGACGAAGAGUUCAGCCGGACCAGGACCAUGGCCUCCACCUCACGGGACAGCUGCCUCUGGUUGCUCUGGAGACGAACCUUCCUCGCGCUGUCCGUGUGUGCGCUUGGGGCGCGUGGAGUGGAGGAUGACGGCACCUUCAACGCAGAGUCAUGGCUGAGGAUGUAUGGUUACCUGCCCCAGGCCAGCAGACAGAUGUCCACCAUGCGAUCAGCUCAGAUCCUGUCCAGUGCCAUCAGCGACAUGCAGCGGUUCUAUAGCCUGGAGGUCACCGGACAGAUGGACCCUCAGACCAUCAGCGCCAUGAAGAGACCCCGUUGCGGUGUGCCUGACAAGUUUGGAGGCCAGAUCAAAACCAACGUGCGGCGAAAGCGCUAUGCCCUCACCGGACAUAAAUGGAACAAGAGCCACCUCACUUACAGUAUCCAGAACUACACUCCCAAGAUUGGAGAGUAUAACUCAUACGAAGCCAUCCGACGGGCAUUUAAAGUCUGGGAGGGGGUGACCCCAUUGACCUUUGACGAAAUCCCCUACCAGGAGAUCAAAUAUGGACGCCGCAAGGAGCCCGACAUCAUGAUCUUCUUUGCUUCAGGAUUUCAUGGAGACAGCUCUCCUUUUGAUGGGGAGGGAGGCUUCCUAGCUCAUGCCUACUUCCCUGGACCUGGAAUGGGUGGGGACACACACUUUGACUCGGAUGAACCAUGGACCAUAGGAAACCAGAACGUACAAGGUAAUGACCUCUUCCUGGUAGCAGUCCAUGAGCUGGGCCACGCCCUGGGUUUAGAGCACUCCAACAAUCCCCUGGCCAUCAUGGCUCCGUUUUACCAAUGGAUGGAGACUGAGGACUUCCAGUUGCCUGAUGAUGAUCGGCGGGGCAUACAGCAGAUCUAUGGUCAACCGGACAGCGUCCCCACUCAGGCCCUGCCCACAGUGACACCCCGUCGCCCGGAGCCCAGGCCGCCUCAGACACCUCCUCGGCACCCUGACCGUCCUAGGACCACUGAAAGACCAGAUCACUAUGGACCCAAUAUCUGUGAGGGGAACUUUGACACGGUCGCUAUGCUCCGAGGAGAGAUGUUUGUUUUCAAGGGCCGCUGGUUCUGGCGGGUGCGUAAGAACAGGGUUCUGGAUAACUACCCCAUGCCCAUCAGUCACUUCUGGAGGGGUCUACCUGGAGACAUAGACGCUGCCUAUGAGAGACACGACGGCAGGUUCGUCUUCUUUAAAGGAAACAGAUUCUGGCUUUUCAGGGAGGCUAACCUGGAACCGGGCUAUCCACAGGAGCUGGUUGAUUAUGGUCGGGAUAUUCCCUACGACCGAAUAGACACAGCCAUCUGGUGGGAGCCGUCCGGCUUCACUUACAUGUUUCAAGGAGACAGGUACUGGCGCUUCAAUGAGCAGUCGCGCUCUGCUGACAGAGGCUACCCGAAACCAAUCAAUGUCUGGGGAUCAUCAGUGCCCUCUUCUCCCAAGGGGGCCUUCCUCAGCGAUGAUGGAGCAUACACCUUCUUCUACAAGGGUUCCAAGUACUGGAAGUUUGACAACCAUCGCAUGAAGAGUGAACCAGGCUACCCUAAGUCCAUUCUAAGAGACUUUAUGGGCUGCAGCGUGGACAUGGACCCAGACAGAGACACGGACACAGACUCAGGACGCAAAUACCCAGAUGUGAACCGCCCGCCAUUCAACCCGGACGUAGGACGUGAUGGCGAUAAGGGCAAAGACCGGGAUGGAACAGAUCGCAGCGGAACAGACAAAGGCACGGGCAAAGGGUCAGACAACGACAAAGACGAAGACUACCGUGAGGGUCGGGAGGAAGACACCAACGAGGUGGACGUGGUGCUGAAGGUGGACGACAGCGAGGAGCGGACCAUGAGCAUCCUGAUGGUAACCAUCCCACUGGUCCUGGUGCUGUGCAUCCUGGGACUGAUCUACGCCAUCAUCAACACACUGCAGAGCAAAGGGGCGCCGCGGCUGCUGGUGCACUGCAAGCGCUCCCUUCAGGACUGGGUCUGAGCCUUGACAUCAGGGGACACUGAACUAUGAACUUAAAUUGGACCUUAGACACCGCCACCCUCCUCUAAUCCAACCCUCUACCAAGUGAUUCAUCUGCCUCAUGUCUCUUUGCUCAGUGGCUCCUGCAGUUCUUAGUACAUGUGAUAGUAGAUCCAAUACUGUACUGAUCCACACACACACAAGCAAGCAUAGGUUAGGUCCUACAUAACCACACCCCCCCCACACACCACUCUAACUUCCUCCUGUCUCCCAUGGUGCUCUACAAUGCGUUGACUGUAGUCUAUUUAUAUGAGAGAAGUUUGCACAUUGUUUUUUUCUUUCUUGUUUUAGUUUUGGUUCAUUUUGUGUGACUUUUUGUCAUUGUUGUUAUUAUUUCUAAACCAGGAAGGCUGUUCCAUUCUUUCUCUCGUCUCUACACACCCCUCCUCCUUCCCCCGAUCUCGGUAGGGGCUUUUUCCUCGCCGAUAAAUUGACAUCUGCUCACGCUGUUGCAGUUGCAGCAAAAGAAAAAAUGCAAGGGGCUAGAAAAGAUGGAGCGAUUUGUGGACUGACAGGUAGGGAGGGCUCAGUAGUGUUCCUUCCUCAUCGCAUCAUCAUCUUCUUCAUCUCUCCCCCUUUUCUCUGACGCACAGCAUGUCAUGGGGUUGAAGGUGAGUUAGAAACAAACUGAACAGAUAUUCCACUGUAGUUUACAUUAAGAGGGAUUUUCAGGCCUGCCUUGAGUCCAGAUAUCAUCCUCCCUUUGUAAGAGUUCUAAGAUCAGAUCAGAGUUGGGCUGCAACUAACGUUGAUUUUCUCAAUCAAUCGGUUAGAAAAUGGAGAAAAUGGAUGGAGAUCAUUGUUUCCCAAAUCCCAAGAAGACGUCCCUAAAUGUCUUGUUUUUUCUAGAAACCGAAGAUAUUCUGUUUAAUGUCAGAAAGGAGUAAAGACACCAGAAUCAAAGAACUGACUUUUUUUUUACUCAAACUGACUAGUAACAACUAAUUGAUUAAACUUUGCAGCUAUAGAUCAGAAUUCAGUUUGUUAUAUACAGAAUACAGGUUUGGUUUUAAAGGACAAUUCCAGUUUAUAACAACUUAGAUCUUAUUUUUAUGGUAAUUUUACUAGUAAAAGUAACACUGUUCUCAUCAGGUUAAUUGUUGAGGUCUGGGUUUGUGGUGACAUUGCCAAAAGAUGUUGUACGGAAGCGGAGGAAUCAGCUCGCCUGGCUCUACCACCUCUGUAAUUUAUUAAUUAACAUGUGAUACCUUGUUUGUUUAAGUCAAAAUUAGUAAAACCUUAAGGCUCUAAUAGGCAGGUUUUUUUUGCCAGGGUAGCUGUUUCCCCCUGCUUCCAGUCUUUUAGCAAACCAGCUGCUCGCUCUAGCUUCCUAUUACAUUUAUAGCAAUAACUCUGAUGAGUACAAUGUUAUCAUAACAGAUAGAAAUGGUGGCUUGGAAAUAAGACCUAAAUUGUAAUAAAUAGUAAUUAUCCUUUAACAUUCACGUUCCUACUGCCCUCUUUUCCUUCUUUAUCUUGUGCUCACACGGUUGGACAAUAGACCUACCUUCUUUCUUUUCCUCAUUGGGAAGCUCUUCAAAGACUUAAACAGACUUUAAAUUCCUCUUCUCUUAACUUUCAUUUAUGUGGUCUCACAGAGCCCCCUUUCUGUUUUCUUUGUGUUAAAGAGGAGACAGACUAAUGGUUCAUUUAAAAAGUCAGCUUACUGUGAAAUAACACAAGAGAGGGUGCAUUCAUUGCAUCUGUGUGUGUGUGUGUUUGUGAGACGGAAAAAAGGAAAAACAAAGCAAAGCCGCUCCCGAUCAGGAUGCAACGCCACAAAUACAACACAGCAGUCGCAGGGUGCAACUAACGUACCAUGCAGUAUAUAAUGGACUUUUUAUUGGUAGUGUUUUUUGAAAGGACAAUUUAUGGAACUUCAUCGAUGACCUGUGGUCUAUCUGUUGUAAAUAUAGCGUAGCUGUAAGCACCAGGGUGGGCUCAGGCAGUGCAGGCUCAUGUGAACACAGACUAAUCCUCUUCAUUAAAAAACAGCAGGUGUGCGCGGACGCUGUUAACCCCCCUAACCCUUAAACCAAACCUUGAACUCCCAGAACCAAAACACUCUCCACUCCCUUUUCAUCUCUCAAGAUCAGAGAUGGGACGAGGGGGAGUGUGGGCACAGAAAAAUGUCUAUCUCAACUAUGCAUUAUAUCACUAACAACAGGACCAACAGUGUUUUUGAACCUUCUAGCUAUUUUACUACAAAUCAUUGCCAUCCAGUUUUACAUUUAGUAAUUGAUUAAACUUUGCAGCUAUAGAUCAGUAUUUAUUUUUCCUUCUCUUCCUGGCAGCCAUUGGUUUCCAUUUAUUUUUACAUUAAAUGCCCGCGUAGAAUAUUUAAAUGAAAAAAUGGUGUAACCUGAAUUAUACAACUCAAACAAACCGCAUGGUUUGCAAAAUGGUCGGUGUAAAAUUGUUGUUAAAUGGUUGUGCAAAAUCAGUGGUGCUGUCCAUUAAAUCAUAUUUUUCCUUAGAAGAAAAUCAGUAUUGAUCCUAGAUGAGAUCAUUUGUUUUGAUCCAUUAGUGAAUACAAUUUUAAGAAUUUAUUGGGUCCGUUGAUAUCACUCAUGUACUUGUGGAAUGAGCAGCCCUAUUUGAAGUGCUUCAAAAAGUGUAGCAGCAAGGGAAAACGUGAAAUGAUCGCUAGUUUUAAAAACAAUUAAAAUAAGACUUUGAGUACAACAUGGUUCAUUUGAGAGGAAGAGUGUAUAGGAGUGGGCGCCUCCAGAGUGGGACUUCAAAUAUGAAUAGGGGGAAGGCUUAUCUGAGGCAGCAUUAAGAAGUAAGCUACCAAUCUGACCAGAGGGGCUCAGCUCACCCAGCUCAGGUUACACAGAUGUGGAUGGGGGGGUGAGGUCACACUGAAUUUUCAGAGGCUGAGACAAGGGAAGGGGGAGGGAGGCUGACUUCGUAUCCCUGAGCAUGCAAAGUUUGGAUCUCACGAGUAAGGAGGGGUGGGGAGGGAGAGAGAGAGAGAGAGAGAGGACUUUGAUGGCUCUAUCCCACAGGCAACAGCUCCUGUGACCCAAAUUCUUCUGCUAGCUCAACAGUGCUAGCCAAAGAGGAAACUUUGGCUUACAAUAGGUGGCAGACCUUUUUGACCGGCGGUGCAGUUACAGCGGCACUGCUGUUUUGAUAGGACUCCAGCUAGGUGCAGACAGGUUGAGGUGAGACACCUACGCAGACAGAGGUAAUGUUAACAGGACAUACUGAAAGGAGGAAAAGGAAGAGCAUAAUCAGCCGUCACCAGAAGUCUAGAGAUCGAUCUGCGGCCAGUCGAUAGCGGUUGCCAGGAAACGGUGUCCUGUGUCCAUCGCUCACCUCCUCAUCAUCAGGAGGAAGGGGGGGGGACUAAUCAGCGUUAAAAGCACCCCCACCCCUCCUCUCCUCUCUUCUCUUCUGUCUUGCUCUUCCAUUGGUCCUACAGGCACAUCAAUGACAGCCUAGUGUCUGGUCAGGCUCAGAAAAUGCAGACUCACUGCACUAGACACAACGCUGGAGUACUUUUUUCUUUUAAUCAAACCUCCUUUUCUCCUCUGUCACAUGCACGCAGAGAGCCCACAGGGAGUUCACCACUUAACAGCUAAUCUAACCACUUGAAGGUUGAAACAGUCGAGUGCGCCUUGAAAUCACCGUUUCCAAGAUUCGGCGGGUUGAGAGAUUCUGCGCGAGGUGACACUGGUUGUCUCACCGAGCAGAAGAGAAGUAGUGAAAGGUUAGGAAAGAAAUCUGCCAGUGUUGAUUGAUGCAUGCUUCUGUAUGUGCCGAGGUGUUCAGUUAAUCAGCUCUACUCUCCAUAAGCGAGGCCUGUGUUCUGACUAUAAAUCUCCCACUCUCUCUAUCCCCACCCCUCUGCACACUCAGCCCAGCCCUCGAGGCCCGAGGGGAUAAUAACAACAACAAUGGCCUUCUCUCACUCUCUUUCUCUUCCCCCUAUUUUCUCUCUCCAUAAUACACACACACAAGCACAUUAUUGUCUUCCCCAACCUCACCUUCCUCCCCUCCUUCCUGCUCUCUCCUUCCCCAUAAGGAAGCUAGCCCAGGCCAAGGUCCAGCCUCACACAGCAGAGCCUGUUUUUAGAUCCGCCUCCUUGUUCAGCAGCAUUUAACACUGGAGAAGGAUUCGCUUAAAAGCAGUGUAGCUGUCAGGUUUUGAGCUUGGCGAAUGCAGACUUGGCAACAGGAUGUCAAAUUCAGAUUUGAAGGUAAAAAAGGCUGACGUACUUUUAUGUUAAUGCCUUGUUCGUUUUGAAGUACAAGGCCUUGAUGCAGAGUUUAGGUGAGGUUAGGACAUCGCUGAGCUUGUCUGAGCUUUCUUCUCUCAGGAUGUGUUUCUGUAAACACUGCAUGUUAAGCGUUCCACAUUCAGCCCUACUAUUUAGGCUCUGAGCGUAGUCUUUAAACCUUUCUCCUUUUUUUAAUCUUUUAUUUUAUUGAACAUCUCUGUUAAAAUCUCCACAAUCAUUAAGAAGGCAAGUAUUCUAGCUGUGUCUGCUCUCCACUCACUGUAUGACCGCACUUUCUAAUAACCACAAGCUUUAAAAAAGUCAUAGCAUCAGCCUCACGCUAAAGACAGAAUUCUUCCUGGAAAAACCAGAUAAAUAUUUAACGGACUGAAAAGAUCAAAGAAAAAAAUAUAUGUCUGACGUGACAUACAGUAAGACUGUGAUCUACACUCGGGUCAACUUUGUGGCCUAUGAUGGCUGGAACUCAAGGGAUUGUGGGUCGUAGGGAUGCUUUUCUCCUUUGCCCAGAGUGCAUCUCACCUUGCUCAUUGUGCCCAUCCACUCUGAAACCACUCAUUUUAAAUCACCACUAACUCAGCUACUCACCGCGAGGAUGAAAGGGGAAAAGAUGGCAGACAAAAUGACUUUCAGCAUCGGUGUCACUGCUUCGCCCCGGGGGGAGUGCAGCGGAUCAGCUCUCAUUGUGCUUCAGACGGGCUCUGAAACUGUUGAGCAGCCCACUUGACAAAACCUUUUAUCCACUAACUGCAGCUAAAGUAGAGAGUUGAUUUUGUUGCAAUCAGUCAAUUCUGUACUGACCAUCAACAGUGGAACUUGACAUCUCACACUAUGCCCUCUUGAAAGUCACUCUUCAUCACAGUUCAGUGACUUUCUGAAAAAUACUUGGCCAUAAUCCCUGACUGGGACGAGAUGGGGGGAAAUAUACAAAAAAAGAAAGCAGCAGUCAAUCAAAAUAGAUGAGGUUAUUGUUUGUCUUUGAUAAUUUGUCUUAUUUUGAUUUUAUUUUGUGCAUUUUUGUUCUCUCCAAACUUGAUAUGACAUUUUUUGUUAACAACAUUCCAAGUAGUGUUUUCUGAUUGGUUGUUAGUGUUUUGUUUUUCUGUAGAAAAUGUAAGAUUUUAUACAUUUGUGUUGUGUGUUCACCUCUAGUUGAGUGUGUUAACAAGCCAUGCUGGACAUGUACACAUUAAAAAUUGCGCAGAUAAUAUUGAA